GGUGGGAGGAGGCAGUGACGAGCGAGGAGGAGACUGAGACUCAGGAGGGUGCAAGGAAGGGUGUUGCAGAGGCCGGGCCAGCAGGAGAGGGUGGCAGGAAGUCUGCAGGAGCGGGGCAUCCUCCAGGGUCCCGGGAGCUGCAGAAAGCCCCUCCAGCGUGCUGGGACGGGCUCUGGACACUCCAACCCUGGUCGCUGUGCUCUGAGGCUCAAACUCGAAACCGGCCCGUGCUGACUUGGUGACAGCCACGGACCUGGUUCCCCUCGAGCCCUGCCUGUUUUCUCUCUGCUCCCAGGAUGGAGGAAAGUGGCGAUUUCGACAACUACUAUGGGGCAGACAACCAGUCUGAGUGUGAGUAUUCAGACUGGAAGUCCUCAGGAGCCCUGAUCCCUGCCAUCUACAUGCUGGUCUUCCUCCUGGGCACCACUGGGAAUGGCCUCGUCCUCUGGACCGUGUUUCGGAGCAGCCGGGAGAAGAGGCGCUCAGCUGACAUCUUCAUCGCCAGCCUGGCCGUGGCUGAUCUGACCUUCGUGGUGACACUGCCUCUGUGGGCCACCUAUACCUACCGGGACUACGACUGGCCCUUCGGUGCCUUUGCCUGCAAGCUCAGCAGCUAUCUGAUCUUUGUCAACAUGUAUGCCAGCGUCUUCUGCCUCACUGGCCUCAGCUUCGACCGCUACCUGGCCAUCGUGAGGCCGGUGGCCAACGCCCGGCUGCGGCUGCGGGUCAGCGGGGCGGUGGCCACGGCCGUACUGUGGGUGCUGGCCGCCCUCCUGGCCAUGCCGGUCAUGGUGUUCCGCUCCACGGGGGACUUGGAGAACACCACCAAAGUGCAGUGCUACAUGGACUACUCCAUGGUGGCCACCUCCAGCUCCGAGUGGGCCUGGGAGGUGGGGCUGGGCGUCUCAUCCACCGCCGUGGGCUUCGUGGUGCCCUUCACCGUCAUGCUGACCUGCUACUUCUUUAUCGCCCAGACCAUCGCUGGCCACUUCCGCAAGGAGCGCAUCGAGGGCCUGCGGAAGCGGCGCCGGCUGCUGAGCAUCAUCGUGGUGCUGGUGGUGACCUUCGCCCUGUGCUGGAUGCCCUACCACCUGGUGAAAACGCUCUAUAUGCUGGGCAGCCUGCUGCACUGGCCCUGCGACUUCGACCUCUUCCUCAUGAACGUCUUCCCCUACUGCACCUGCAUCAGCUACAUCAACAGCUGCCUCAACCCCUUCCUCUACGCAUUUUUUGACCCCCGCUUCCGCCAGGCCUGCACCUCCAUGCUCUGCUGGGGCCAGAGCAGGUGCGGGGGCGUCUCCCACAGCAGCAGUGGGGACAAGUCGGGCAGCUAUUCCUCUGGGCACAGCCAGGGCCCCGGCCCCAACCCGGGGAAGGGCGGAGAGCAGACGCAGGAGAAAUCCAUCCCCUACAGCCAAGAGACCCUUGUGGUUGACUAGGGCCGGGAGGCGAGAGGAGCCUGGUGCCCUCUGCCCUGCCCCAGCCUUUGCUCUUGACUCUGAGAGUCUGGUAGCUGCGGCGCCUUCUCCCUUGCACUUGACCCCAUUGCUGCUCCUGGCCCCCUCCACCUCCGCCUCGUCCCCUCUUACUCGUGUAGUGUGCUCAGAGGGCUGUGGGCUGGGGGAUGGAGACCCUGCCCACCCACGCAGGGCUAGUCCGUAUCUGUGGGACUGACCUUGCACCAGCAGAACCUCUUUGAGCCUCAGUUUCCCCCAUUUGCAUGAAAUGGGGGGAGUCAUACUGGCCCGAAAAUGAUGUGUGAGUCCUGGCUCAGGAAGAGUCUGUUCCCUUUUCCCAUUAGUUUUCCUUCUCUCUUCCUCCCUCUGGUUCCCCUCUAGCUCUGCAGAUUUCACCCCAGUCCUUCCCUUCCAACUUCCCAGCUCAUGGCUCUCUCUCUAACCCUCCCCUGCCUUUGACCCCUUGGUUCUGAAGGGCUCCGAAGGGUUAAGAUCCUGAUGCUUGCCAACACUGACCCUGUUCCAGUUCUUUAUCCUUGUUCCCGGAGAGCAGGAGGGAAGGGCUGGGGCGGGGUGGGCUGUCUCAGUAAAGACUUGGCGCUCCAGUCUCUGCAGCCCAGCCUCUGGAACUUCCCCCAAACUGGAUCAGCUCAUUGUAAUUUCAGGAGCUGGGGUCCCCAGAAGGGAGCCUCCCUUCCUGCAGCCCGGGCAGCGUGGCUUUGAUGCCAAUUAGAUAAGCUUUGCACAGAUGUCCCCAGACGCCCCUCACCCCCUGUUCAUGGGAACUGGAAGGCAAGGAGUUGACCAAGUCCUGGGCUUGGGGAGCUGGGAAGGGAGAGUAGAGAGAGAGGGGUGUUUGCAUAAUCUAUCGGCAGCUUCACUUCCCUCCCCAUAUCCUCACCCAGUUCACCUCCCUGGAAACUGUGAGCUUCUGGCCUUACCCUGCCUCCCCACCCACCUGUCACUCCCAGGAUGCUUUUCUCCAGCAGGCGCGGGUUCUACCUGGUGCCCAGAGUGCCCUUGUGGGGGUGGGCUGCUUGCUCUGUGUGUGUGUGUGUGUGUGUGUGUGUGUGUGAGAGAGAGAGAGAGAGAGAGAGAGAGAGAGAGAGAGAGAGCACGCACGGGUGAAUCUAGCGUGAACGAUGGGUAUCUGUGUCAUUGAUCACUUGUCCCCUCCAUCACAUCCCUGCUCUGCACCCCAAUAUCCUUGACAGAAGAAGGGGCAUAUCGAGGCAAUAGAGAAUAAAAGUGAGUCCACCCCCCACUGGAUUUGGGGGCUCUGACGGCUGGUCCGUGCUUUGAAAGGAAGUGUAUGUUUUUUCCAGGAGCUCUCCAGAGCAGCGGGCCCCUGAAGUUUGGGGAGUCCUAGCGUUCUGGGUCCCUGGGACUUCCCCAGUUCCAUGAGGGGACUAGGAAGCUGGCUAAAAAGCUCCAGUCCUCCCCACUUUGCUCUGAGCUCAUGAGUCUUCCCCUUAUCACUCUCUUUCUGGGGUCCACGGAGGCUGCCUGCUCGCCAAGGGGUGAAAAGCCCUUGCCAUUGGGCUUGCACCCCCGGCUCCUCCUGCUGGGCUGGGAGGACAGAGGCUGAUGGUGUGACCCCAUUCACCCGCUGGAGAGGCCCGGAGCUCCUGCUGGAGCCCUGCUGGUGGGGCCUUUGUGAGCUGGGGGCGGGGGUGUGUACUCUGGGUUCUGUUCUUGGUGGACUGUGGACAUGAAGGAUGUGAGCCACGGAGACAGGAAGAGCCCGGCUGGAUGUGAAUGGACGUCUUGACCAUCCCUGGGAGGGAGCCAGCUCUGGGUGUGAAGUACGUCAUCUCCCCACCGCAGAAUCUCCCAGACUCACCUCAGCCCAGGGCUCUCCUCAGAGCACCCAGUCGAGGCUGGAGGAAACUUCUCCAGGGUGACCUGCAGAGAUUGCCUGUCUGGAACUUACUGGUGGCCCUGGACUGGACAAGGGGUGGGGGAGGGUGUCUGUGGAGCCCUCCCUCACCUCCCACCCGCCCCCUCUUCGGAAUGUCUGCGCUAUUCUCCGACCCUGUUAGUCACUGCGGUUCAUCAAAUAAAUCAGUUUUGUGUAACUAUUGUGUCCAAAGCCUCUGCUCGCACAGUGUCCUGGGGUGAGAAAAGACCCCCCAGUUUGCAAAUGUUCUAUAGUGGGAGGUGGGCUGGGCACGAGGAGGGUCCCCAGGAGAGGAGUGGGGGCCUCAAAGAUCAAGUGAGGACUGGAGAGGAUGAGGUGAGGGAAGGCGCUGAGGAGAUGAGAAAAUAGACACCAGGACAGGGCAAGGGCAGGGGUAAGACUGCAGGGAGCAAGAGAUCAAGGAAUGGGGAGCCUAAUACUUUGCUCUCUGGGG